CAGAUGUUCGAUCUGUGGUCUGACCUAAGAUGGCUGCCCUGUAGGCACGUCAGACUAGCGGCCGUCAGCGUCCAAUGGGGCAUCUACGUAUAUGAUGUCUAUGUCUGAAACCAGUACAAAAUGUAGUCGUGUUUGUUAGCCAUAAAUCUCACAAAGCUAGUAACGUUAUGUAUAAAGUAGCGUUUACUGAUGAACCUAGAAGAGUUUUUUGUCUGACUGUGAUUUAUUUUCAACCACGGAAUGCAUGGUCCCUCUUCCUUUAUCUAAAUGAGUCCCCGAACAAAAAAGUGUCAUUGUUUGUAUUAUAACUUUAUAUAUAAACAUUUAUUUCUCUUUGUUGAAGUUAUAAGCGAUGGCAAGUCACAUCAACGCCAAGCAAGGCACACCCUCGGCCUCCAGAGCCACCAGUGUCCAGUAUCACUGAGGAAUCGGAUCGGGAUCACAUUGUUGCUGAACCGGGUGUCCAGCCACUGUCUGCAGGGGGAGAAGUAGGAGAUUUGGAAUCAAGCAUGCACUCUCUGAGCAUUGCUGAAGAACACCGCCCAGACUCUCCAGACAAAGAAGACACCAAUGACCUGCGGAACACUGUGUAAGUGUUGUUUAGUAGUGGUUUCAUUUUCUGUCAGUGUCUUUUCUCCCAUCUAAAAUAAUUUUCAUGUGGUUCCUGAUCAGCAUUGAGAUGGAUGACCUUUGGGCCGAUCCAAGUGAAAUGGGCUUGGAAGAUGGAGACAGCUCAGAUGAGGAUUUUGUCCAUUCUCUUUACCUACGGUAUAUUUGUAUUGUGAAUUUAUUAUUUUCUGGGUGAAUUUAUCAAUAUGCUUAGGCAUUUGUCAAACACAACACCUUGACCAAUGUCCACUCAUUAUUACUCUUUCUUCAGAAUGGUUGGGGGUGAAAAAAAUAAGCUGGCUAAUAUAAGUGUGGAUGAAGUAGUGUAUGACUUCGACACACCGGAUCCUCCUGGCCAAGACUCUGAAUCCACCACAGAUUCACACAGAGUAUCGUCUGAAGAUGACCUGGUUGGCAAAACUGCAAACAUUACCUUCAAUGAGAAUCUUCUGACUCUGGCCAGGCACUUGAGACUGCCACCCACAGUAACAGUGCAGUUAUGUUGAUAGAGUGCUUGGGGUAGCAUGCCUGGGUUCCCCACCAUUUCAAGUGACUUUGAAAACUCGGGGGACUGGAGUAAUUUUGGAAUGGUUAUGCCCCUUCGGACACUCCUUGUGGAAGUGGAAUUCUCAGCCGACCCUGAGGUUUGGUAUGCAGGGUGGUGACUUCAUGCUGUCUGCCAACAUUCUCCUGUCUGGCAACAACUACAGGAAAGUAGCAUUGCUGUUCAAGUUUAUGGCGAUGGGGAUGGUCUCAGAGUCAACUUUCUUCAGGAUAAAAGAUGCCUACUGCAUCGAGCCAGUGCAGGAGUACUGGGACAAAACCAGGGCUGAAGCCUUGGAAAGUCUUCGACAAAAGGACCGUGUUGUUGUCCUAGGUGAUGGCAGAAUGGACUCCCCUGAUGAUGUGGGUUGGCGUGCUGCACCACGUACGGGACGAGCACUCUUGGGCAACUGGGUGCUGUCAGCACGAGCCACUGGAGGAAGGCAGCCAGGAGAAGCCAUGGAUAAAACAAGGUUCUGCCGCUCACAAGGCAUUGGCUGGAGUUGUGCUCGACAAGCGAUGGUUGGGCCUGGUGAAAAAGUUCUUGAACUUCAGGACCACAUCUGAUUUGGAGUCCUUCCAAAAUCACCUCCUGAUGUACUCAUCAAAGCGGCACGCCUACACACCAUUUGUCUACAAGACAAGGACACUACUGGCAGCCAUUGACUACAACAAGCACAAUCGGCGCCUUCCUGCACGCAACCUGGAUGGUCAAAAAAUCUACAGACGCUCAUACAACAAGAAGUCAAAGAGCUGGAGUGUCUACACCAUGAAGGAAAAGAAGCAGUACAGCUACAUUCCUGACCUUCAGAGGGCAAUUCUGGCAAGGAGGCUGGGAAGUGGCAAAGGCCUUCCCCGCAAGCAGACUUUGAGGCCUGCUGACCCAAGGCGCCUUGGUUUGCUCGCGCCGGAACAGCCACCUCCUACAGCUGAACUUGUAAGCAGACAUGUGUCCCGUGGGGACUUGGGCCACAGAGACACAGAGGACCUAGAGGACUGAGCAGAUGGAUGUUUACGAUCCAAAGUGUUUGAAUUCUGUAAAUAGGAAGUUAGGAGGCACUUUUCUCUCGUGGUGAAACAUGUACAGAUCUUUAUUUGUAAAUAAACUUUGAAAACAAUGUGUGUUGUGCUGGUAUGUCAAUAAAGCAAAAAUGUAAAAAA